AUGGGUUUCGUAAAGGUAGUCAAAAACAAGGCAUAUUUCAAGCGUUAUCAGGUGAAAUUGAAGCGUAGACGUGAGGGUAAGACGGAUUAUUAUGCAAGGAAACGUUUAACUGUGCAAGAUAAGAAUAAAUACAACACUCCAAAGUAUCGCCUUAUCGUACGAUUCACGAACAGAGAUGUUAUUGCUCAGAUAGCAUAUUCUCGAAUUGAGGGCGAUGUGGUUGUAUGUUCUGCCUACUCGCAUGAGUUGCCGCGUUAUGGGAUUAAGGUAGGCUUAACUAAUUAUGCAUCAGCAUAUGCUACCGGUUUAUUGUUGGCCCGACGUCAUUUGCUCAAAAUCGGUUUGGCGGAAACAUACAAAGGUGUGGAAGAAGCGACUGGUGACGAUUACAAUGUUGAAAAGGAGGGUGAACGGGCACCUUUCCGGGCGGUCCUUGAUGUUGGCUUAGCACGCACUGUUACAGGCGCUAAGGUUUUUGCUGUCAUGAAGGGUGUUGCUGAUGGUGGUAUCGAUGUUCCACACAGUUCUAUCCUUCCAGUACUAUUUUUUUUUUUAGUUGAGACGCGUUUCUUUGGUUAUAAUUCGGAAACCAAAUAUAAUGCUGAAGCGCAUCGAGAUAGAAUACUUGGCAAACACGUUGCCGAUUAUAUGGCACUAUUGAAAGAACAAGAUGAAGAUGCGUAUAAGCGACAUUUUUCGCGUUUCAUUGCUGCUAACAUCGGUGCUGAUGACAUUGUGGAUAUGUAUAAAAAGGCGCAUGAAGCCAUCCGUGCCAAUCCUGCACGGGAAUCUAAGAAACCAAAAGAGAUAACGAAGAAACGUUGGACAGCAAAGAAGGCAUCACUAGCAGUACGCAAGAAUCGUGUCAAAAACAAGAAAGCAUAUCUUAAGAUGCUGAAAACACAGCAGGAAGCGCAAUAA